CAAUAUUAUAUUUCAUAAAUAUCUCGAGUACCCAAGAUGUCUCAACGGAUGGUUCAUGCGGUUCUGAUACGAAUACCGUAUGCCCCGACGGCUAUUGCUGUUCUCAGUAUGGUUACUGCGGUAAUACACCUGAUUUUUGUGAUAUAGAUCAAGGAUGCCAACAAGAUUAUGGUACCUGUGGCCAAAGUUCGAGUACCCAAAACGUCUCAACGGACGGUUCAUGUGGUCCUGAUACGAAUACUGUAUGCCCCAACGGCUAUUGUUGUUCUCAAUAUGGUUAUUGUGGUAAUACACCCGAUUUUUGUGAUCCGAAUCAAGGAUGUCAAGAAGGAUAUGGCACCUGCGGUCUUUCAGAUAACAAUAGCACUAGUGAUGACGGCAUAACAGUCAUCUACACUUGUCAAUAUCCUAAUACUAUAGCGUUGACUUUUGAUGAUGGUCCACGCCCUUGGACGAAUGACUUACUCGAUACACUAGAUGAUUCUGGUAUAAAAGCUACCUUCUUUAUCAAUGGCCACAACGCAUAUGAUUAUUGUAUCUACGACUAUGCCGAAAUUAUACAACGUGCUUACUCUUCAGGUCACCUAAUCGCCCAUCACACAUGGUCCCACCCAUAUUUGACCGGAGUCGAUUCUGAUGAAAUAACCUACCAAUUGGAUUUCUUAAACACUGCUUUUAAGAAAAUUCUUGGUGUUACUCCAAGAUAUUUCCGGCUUCCGUAUGGUGAUGGUGUCGAUAGUUCGGCCAUAAGAUCUGCUCUAAUAGCCAACGGAAUGGAUAAAAUCGUAAUGUGGGAUGUUGAUCCACAGGAUUCUAUAGAGGGUGUCACCGAAUCACAGAGUGAAGAAACUUUUGAUCAAGAGACUAGUGAUCUAAAUCCCCAUAUCGUGAUAAGUCACGAUAGGAUUGAAACUACAGUUAAUCAAUUGGUCCCUCAUGAGAUUUCUCAGUCAACUAACAAUGGGUAUCAAUUUGAUACGGUGGCUGGGUGUGUCGGAGAUGGGGACUCAAGCAAUUGGUAUAAUGUUGAUACUGGAUCAUUUGGUACAAGGGACGAAACUUGGACAUGUACUUCAGAUGAUAUGCAUAAUUCGUUUGAUACAUCACCUA